AUGAAGUUGACCCCUGAACCACAUCCAAAUCCCAUUAGAGUUGCUUGGGUAGAUAAGACUACGAUACCUGUCACUGAGCGAUAUUUGGUCCCUCUCAACUUUGCUACAUAUAGGGAUCAAGUAUGGUGUGAUGUCCUCCCGAUGGAUGUCGGACACAUUCUUUUGGGACGACCAUGGUGGUAUGAUCAUGAUGUUACACAUUAUGGCCGUCAAAACACAUACACCUUCACUCAUGAUAAGAAAAAGAUCGUGCUAAGACCUCACCGACCUAAGCCGAUUCAGUAUUCGACCAGCCAAUCUAAUGCACGUAAUGGACCAACCAUAUCUAAGGAAAAUAGGUUGGUAGAGCAAACUAGACCGCUUUAUUUCUUGAACAAGAAGCAAUUUUGUAUGGAGGCUAGUUCUGCCGUUGUUUACGCAUUAGUUGUUCGAGAGGUAGAGAAGCCUUCCCUUGAACCUGAUCUGCCAUUGAACCUUCGAAACCUAUUAUCUGACUAUUCUGAUUUGACCCCAGACGAGUUACCUGAUGAGCUGCCACCCAUGAGAGAUAUUCAACAUGCGAUAGAUUUGGUGCCUGGAUCAUCAUUGCCAAACCUGCCACAUUAUAGGAUGAACCCUAAGGAGCAUGGUGAAUUAAAACGUCAAGUAGAGGACUUGGUUAGAAAAGGUUUCAUUAGGGAGAGUAUGAGUCCUUGUGCAGUCCCGGCACUCCUUACUCCUAGGAAGGAUGGAACUUGA